CGGCGCAUCGUCCGCGCCGCGCAUGUUGACUGGCUCGCGCCCCGCCCGCCUCUCCUACCGUGUUCUUUGCUUCGGGGGCCGGCAAGCAAACCAACCCGCCGCUCGAGGAGUCAAUCGGGUCGUGCGAUAGCCUAACCACUCGCGCCCCCCACUCGGGGUCGAUCGGCGCCUCCGCUUGCCAUGGCGGGCGGCGGCAGGGGCGGCACGGGGUGGUCCUCGCUGCCGGCGGACCUGCUGCUCGCCAUCUUCGCGCUCCUCUCCUCCGACGCCGACCGUGUCCGCUUCCGCGCCGUCUGCGCGGCCUGGGCCACCGCAGCCGCCGCCUGGUGCCCGCGCCCCUGGCUCGUCGGCUCGCGCACCGACCGCUCCGGCCGCGGCGGCGGCACCGUCUCGUCCUUCUGGCUCUUCCGCCCCGCCGGCGCCGGCGCCGCCCUCCUCCGGCCCUUCGCCGCCACCGUGCCAGAGGGGCUCGAUUACCUCUCCUCCUCCCGCGGGUACCUCGCGCUCGCCGACCCCAGCGUCAGCCCCAAGGCCGUCGUCCUCGUCAACCCCGUCACCGGCCGGCGCGUCCGCCUCCCACCCAUCGGCUUCUUCAAGAGGUGGCUCGACGUCACCACCGUCGUGCUGUCCGCCGACCCGGGCGGCGCGGCCGAGUGGGCGGCGGUCGCGGUCGGGUUCCCGACGACUUCCCUCGCAUACUACAGCUCCGCCGCCGGGGCGUGGGCGCGGCUCGACUUCGCCGCGCCCGGCUACGCCGGCGUCGAGCACUACAGCGGGCGGUUCUACGUGGCCUUCGGCUCCCGGAUCUGCGCCCUCGAGGCCGACGGGGACGCGCCCGCGGUCAUCCCACUCGAGCGCGUCGACGACGACGGCGCGGACGGCUCGGACGACGAGCCGAAGCUCCCCGGCGGCAGCGGGAGGCGCGUCGUCGAGACGCACCUGGUGGAGUGUGACGGCCAGCUGCUCCUCGUCUCGGUGCACGACGACGUGGUCUACAGCUCGGACGACGACAUGGGCGGCCUCGCCGUGGACGAAGGGGGCAGCAAGGGCGGCGGGGAUGCGCGCGCGGUCGAGGUGCAUAGGGUGGAGUGGCUCUGGGACGGGCUGGUGCGGCUGGUGAGGGAGACGGACCUCGGCCGGAACGCGUUGUUCCUGGGCCGGAACCGCGCGUUCGCGCUCUCGGCGGCGGAGUUCCCCGCGUGCCGCGUCAACUGCGUCUACCUCGUCGACCGGCAGGGCCACCCGGACGGGGUCGUCAGGGUGCUGGACCUGGAGAACCCGUGGGCGUGCCGUGAGGAGACCAUCUGCCCCGACGACGCCACGGGAGGAUCCGCUUCGUCGGCCGGGUGGGCGCGCCGUGGCUGGUUCUUCCCCAACUACUAGUCACUGUUGUUGAGUCAUUAUUAGGUUUUGUCCUGUUGUGGUCAUUUUGUCGUUACGCACUUUGUGAGUAUUGCUGAGGCCGCGUUUAGGCCCUGUUAGUUGCGGGGUGUAAAUUUUUCGAAAGAGAACUUUUUUAUAUUUAAAGUAUUAAAUAUAGACUAAUCACAAAAUUAAUUAUAAAA